AUGGAUUUCGACAGCAACGAUGGCACUAUCAUAAGAAAGCUGCAAGAAAAUAUUGAAGAAUUGGGGCAGCAAGUGCAACACUUGGAUUCGUUCAUCAGCAGAUUGACAGAAAGUGAGCAACAUCGCGAACAAUUCAAUGAGUUGGCUCACAAAGCCCAGAAAUUGUCGAAAGAGACAAAUCAGUUGAUGAAGCAGCUUGUUCAGCUCAGCAAUAAUAACCGCACUUUACGAAUUCAUCGAGAACGUCUACAGAAUGAAUAUAUAGGAGUCUUGAAUCGGCUACAAGGCUGCCAACGUCGAGCUGCCCAAACAGAGAAAGCUAGUAUGCGUCAGAUACGCGAUGCUGCAGAACAGGAUGCUGAAGCAGCCUCUCGGCGUGUUGAAGAAGAUGCAUAUGAUCGUGAAAGGCAGUUUCAACGGCAACGUCAACAGCAACUGAAUUUGAAUGAAUUCAAAGAACGACAGCAGGCUUUGCAGCAGCUUGAACAGGAUAUCGGAGACGUCAAUCAAAUUUUCGCUGAUCUAGCGCGUAUAGUUCAUGAUCAAGGAGAUAUGGUUGAUAGUAUUGAAGCGAAUGUAGAGCACGCUCAAAUUCAUGUGGAGCAGGUUAGUACAGUACCGCAUGUCUUCUUCUGUGUGUGA